AACUAAACGUUAUUGUUAUCACCGGAUUAAUGGCUGAUGUCAAAAAUAAAUUGACAUAGAUCUUUUUAAUUAAAAAAAUAUUUUAAGCAGUUCGCAACUGACAAAAUAUGUUUCUUCUAUACACAAUACACAAUUGUAGUUAAAACAGUUAUUUAGAAAAUGGACAGGUUUAAACAUCGUGGGUUUAGCUGACCCGUACUUUUAUUUAAAUAAAAUUGUUUGUAUCCGGGUAAAAUUAAAUAAACAACCAGCAACAAUGGUACAAAAAUACCAAUCCCCUGUUAGGAUAUACAAGUACCCAUUCGAAAUUGUUAUGGCGGCAUAUCAGAAACGUUUUCCGACCUGUAAGAUGAUACCAGUGUUUCUGGGAAGUGACAUAAUACAUGAGGUUAAAAGUGAAGACGGAGCCAUACAUGAUGUUGAGCGUCGUUGUAGGCUGAACAUUGAUGCUCCAUACCUCCUAAAGAAGAUUGCUGGUGUCGACCAUGUGGUAUUCAUCCAGAAGAACUGCCUAGACCGAAGAAACCGAACUUUAAAGAUAUUUGCACACAAUGAAAGUUUCUCUUCAAGGAUUAUUAUCAACGAAAUAUGCACUUACACAGUUCACAAAGAGAACUCUGACUGGACAUGUUUUGAGCAGGAAGCCAGUUUGGAUAUUAAGUCUUUUUUUGGCUUUGAAAAUACAGUGGAAAAAAUUGCCAUGAAGCAAUACACACACAAUAUCAAGAAGGGCAAGGAAGUAAUAGAGUACUACAUAAAUGAGCUGAUAAGCGAAGGCGUUACCCACAUUCCUCGAUGGACCCCUGCUGUACCCUCCUGUAGCGCAACACCAGACCAGCCCUGCUUGCUGGAGAGCGGUGUUGGUACCCGGUCAGGCUCCUCCCAGGAUAGCGGCGUUCGUACGCGGUCGAGCAGCGUGUGUUCCACAGGCAGCCAGCACAGCCAAGGCAGUCUGGUGCUAGGGGCCACGGCCGCCUCCAUCACACCACAGGAUAGUCCCACAGGUAUGGGUCUCACACCACAGGAUAGUCCCACAGGUAUGGGUCUUACACCACAGGAUAGUCCCACAGGUAUGGGUCUCACACCACAGGAUAGUCCCACAGGGGAAAUGACUGUAGCCAGUGAGGAUAAGCUGGAUGCCGACUACAUUGAGCGCUUCCUUGGUCACCUGACCCCAGUACAAGAAAGUCAGCUUGUACAGCUCAGACAGCUGCUGCAGAAAACACAUAAAGGAAAGAUCCCAAAGGAUGCUCAUAUCCUGCGGUUCCUGAGAGCACGAGACUUCAACUUUGAGAAGGCUCGUGAGAUGCUGGUUCACUCGCUGGCCUGGCGCAAGCUGCACAACAUUGACCACCUGCUGCACACGUACACGCCCCCUGAGGUGCUUACCAAGUACUACACGGGCGGCUGGCACUUCUCAGAUAAAGAUGGUCGACCACUCUAUGUUCUGAGAUUAGGGCUGAUGGACGUAAAGGGGCUCAUGAAGGCAGUGGGCGAGGAGAACCUUCUCAAGCAUGUUUUGUGGGUUAAUGAAGAAGGGCUAAGACGGGCAAGCGAAGCUACCAAGCAAAGAGGACACCCUGUCUCGCCAGAUGGACCUGUUGGUGCAUGCACCUGCAUUGUUGAUCUGGAAGGACUCAGCAUGCGACACUUAUGGCGGCCGGGUAUUCGUGCUCUACUGCGUAUCAUAGAGAUAGUGGAGGCCAACUACCCAGAGACCAUGGGGCGCCUGCUAAUUGUGCGGGCCCCACGUGUGUUCCCGGUCCUGUGGACGCUGGUCAGUCCAUUCAUUGAUGAGAACACAAGCAAGAAGUUCAUGAUCUAUGGAGGAAAUGACUACCAGGGCCCUGGUGGCCUUGUGGACUUCAUUGAUAAGAAAUAUAUACCAGACUUCCUGGGCGGCGAAUGCUAUUGUGAUGUACCAGAGGGUGCCAUGGUGCCCAAGUCCCUAUACAAGGAGGAGUUCACAGACUGGUCCCCUGACGAGCCCCCUCUCACCGUCAGCAACAGCCCUUACACCACCACCUUCGUUAUCAAGGAUUACCCCAAUGAGGUCCUUAUGAAUGUACCACAGCGUGGCUGUGUAAUAACCUGGGAUUUUGACAUCCUGAAAGGGGACGUAACAUUCACAGUGUUCCGCUGCAAGAGCGUACUCAACAAGGAGACUUAUGAGCACCCUCACCAUGUGGGGGGCCAGGUUGUGAGCACCCAGUACAUAGACAAAAGCAUGCAGGUGGGACCAGACCUCAGUAUAGUGGAACCUCCACAUAUAUGUAGGGACGGCGACAGUGUGCAAGGGUCCCAUGUUGCCAGCACCCCAGGUAGCUACAUUCUGCAGUGGAAGCACUUUGAUUCUUCGAAGGCAUCCUUUGAGUUCUCUCUCUCCACCCACAAGUCAAAGGUCAUGUACUACACGGAGCUGCUGCCCUCAGAAGUGUUUAGGGGCUCCAUGUCAAGCCUUCAGUCCAGUACCAGUGGCUUCUCCUCCCUCAGUAUUGGAACAUCACAGAGCGGCCAGUCUAUGCGGAAACACUGAUUAGCAGGACACCAGUCUACUAACUGUUCUUGACAGAAUCUUACCUCUAGUCCAAAGGUCACAGAAUCAAAACCAUUUGUGUCAUUGUAGCUACUUUAUGGCAUUAAUGAGUACGUUCAAGGAAAUUAAGCAAUUUAAAAUAAACAUUGGCUGCUUUGUAGAUUGUAAUUGCAACAUGUUACAGUGUAGUUUGUAUGCAAAUGAAAUAGACAGAACAAAUGUAUAUGCAGUAAGCAAUUGUUGUUGUUACUCAAAAAAUGAGAAUUAUAUAUAAACAAAUUAUGCUUUUCAUUUAUACCUAAGAAGAAUGGCAAAUAAAAUAUGGGUCGCUAAACACUUAACUAUUUCAAGUUAUGCUUACUACAAUAAGUUAAAUACUCCAUACUUUUUUUUACAUGCGAUACUACAUUAACUAAACAUCACACCACUAAAUUUUCUUCAAGUUAGUUAAUUUUGUGCACUAUCUGUUUUGAGAAAUGCAUUUAAUAAAAGUGGUAUUAACCAGUUUGAUCCAGUAACUAAUACGAUCUCACAAAAAAACAACUGAUAUGUUUACUUUUGUGUGCCAUUGUUUAUUAUUAAACAGAAACAAAUGCAUAAAAAAUAACAUUUUCUAUUAACUGGUGUUUGAAAUUAAAAUAAUAACUGAUCAGAUACUGACAUUUUUAUUUCAACUCUUAAUUUAUAUAAUUGACGAAGAAAUGGUAUUUUUGUGAGAUUUUGUUGUAACAUGAACUCUAUUUCUAUUACUACAGUCGAGCUUUAUUCAAACUUGUUGAUUCUUUUUAGUAUACAUUGAUAAUCAUCGGAUAAAAGUUGUAAUCAAGAUAUCUGAGAAACAUUGAGUGUUGUUGUGCCAUGUAUACCUCAUUCAUUGUCACACUAAUGCUAACACCCCAUCCACAACCAUCACACUUCAACACCCCAACCCAUUUGAUGAAGUUUUAUGUCUCGUCCUAGCAACCUUUUACAAAGUUACUCAUUAUAGGGUAUAGGGUACUCAUGUUUAAAUAGCUCUGUCAGAAAUGAAUGCUUAUUGGUGUACAUGCAUAUAUACUUAUUAUAAUCCAUGUUAUUUACAGCAUCUAAAGAACUAAAGAGUUUCUUUUAUGUGAUUUAUGCAUUCUCAAAUAUCUUGUUUUGUUUAUCAUUGCAAUCCAAAAAUGUAACGAUAAUAUAAACUGUGGUUAAUAUCAGCUUGAACUUUAAAAUAAAUGGCAGUAAAGACAAAAACUAUGUUGAGAUACUAUUUUAGGUAUUUAAUUUCCAGCCAGUUUUUUGUGGAACUUAGAUACACAAUUAUAUUUAUGCAUUAAACAGCAUCUUAUGUUCUUUGUGAAGUUGUUAUUUUAUACUUAUAUGCCUACAGAAUGUUACAAAAAGUUUAUGUAUCUUAUGAUAAUUCAAGAGCUUUAUUGAAAGAAGGGUAUUUGAAGUGUGCUUGUUCAUGAUACACGUAUUUUUUUUUGUCCAUGAUAAAGAUACAGGGAAUCUUUGUGUUGCUUUGUGUUAAAGUGUGUGCAAAGUUUGUGCUAAAUUGUUAUAUUAUCAAAGAUAAAACUUUCUUUAGAAAAAUCGAAUAGACAUUUGAAAGAUAAAACUCUUCUGAAAUGUUAAGUUUAUUGUAAACACAUUUGUAUUGUUGAUUGAUCUUGUUGAUCAUUGACCUAAGCUGUAAACAUUUAAGUUUCCUGAUAGUUUAUCUUUGGAAAGAACAUACAAUAACAUUUUGUGAAUGAUUUUAAAUUUUAUUUUUUAUAUAUGAUUUUAAAAGUUCUGAAAGAUUGAACAUAUUGUAAAUAGGUGAAACAUUGAGAGUCUUGUGAGGUAUAUGUAGUCGUCAUUUGUGAUACCCUCCACUAGGAUUCUUGUUAAAUAGUGUGAUCAUUGAAGCAGAACAUUAAUAUCAAAUAUUAAGAGGAUGAAUGAUCUUGAGAAAGAUAAGUAAUUUUCCUACUGCACAUCAGAGAUGCAGUGCUGAUUUCACUGCUUCAGACAUACAAUGAGCCAGUAUUUUUUACAUGUAUAGUUUAGCAUGUUUUUUUUUUAAUUCAUAUGUUGUAAAUGCGAAAAGCAAUUUUCCUUUUGCAUGUUUUCACUCCUUUGGCCAUUUAGCGGAUUAUAAACAGAACUUCUUGUAUUUUAACAAAUUACUUGACACAUUUCUUUUGUAUACAAUGUUCUACUCUUAGGUAUAUAUACCAACUGCAUAUAUGUUUGUGUUAUUUUACUGUGGCGCUGUUCUGAUAUUAAUUCAUGCCAUAAGUGUUGCAAGCUGCACAUUCAUAUGUACCACUAUUUUUACACUGAAAAUGCUUUAACAUGAAGCAUGACCAUUAAUUUAUCAAAUUUAUGCCUAAAUAAAAAAAAUAUGCUAAGUCUGCCACAUUGCUCUGUGUAAUGUUUACUCGGUAAAAGUUGCAUCAAACUGAUAUUUGCAUUAAAUGUGUUUUUUUCUGCUACACUAUGGUUUAAUUACCUGAUUCCAUGCAAGUAGCUAUUGAUAUUUUAAUGUUUUGACAGACAAAUCAUAAGUUCAUGUGAUAUUGCUUUGCUAACGGAAAUUGGCAUUAAAUGUUGAUAUGUAAUUCCAUACAAAAAGUAGCCCAGAAUCCAUGGAUGUCGAUUUAUUUUGCUAAUAACAUUCAUAUACUCUUUAAAUGUUAAUUUUCUUUUUAAGGCAUGCUUUGCUUACAUCAUUUAAAAUAAACCUAGCUAAAUGCAACCAUGUAAAAAAUGUUUGUGUAAAGUAAACAUUCAACCAACCAGGUAAUCUACAAAAAAAUUUAGUAAUUGAUCUAGUAAAUUUGUUACGGAAAAUAAUCUUGUUCAAAAUUAUAUAUUGUUUUAGCCAUAACAUCUGGAAUACAUUAUUGCUUAAUUUUUGUGCAAUGACACACCUAUUUAUUGUAGAUGUAAAGGGGGCAAUAUUUUGCAAACAUUAAAUUGGUAAACGGUACAAGUAACCAUAAGCCGUACUUGGUUUACCAUGAAUCAUUACAGCCUAACAAGUUAUGCUGCGAUGUUUUUGGAUCACAUAUCGAGCAGUGUGAUAUAGUUGGAUAAGUGUAGGUUUUCCUGCAUACUCUUGAUAGUUCACUGAAUGAGAAUUUUCAUGUAUUGUGAUGUUGAACAUGUGUAUAACCUAGUCGUUUGGAACCAAAUAGUUGAUGUUUUUAGUUAUCAUAGUCAGACUGGAAUUUGAUAGCCCAGCACUCGUCUUCCAUACGUUUAUUCUAUAACUUCAAUGUAUUUGAAUGGUUUUCCUGUUCUUUAUUAAGAGCACAAAUACAUUUAUGAGGGCAAUAUAUGAUCAUCACACAUAUUUUGAUGAAUGCAAAUAAGUAUUGGACUUAUUUUGUAAAAUGAUUUUUUCUUUUUUUGAAUUCUGUUGCGUUUGUUGGGAUUUUAAUGAUUGAUGUAUGAAUGCUCCAACUUAUGUAAUGAUUAUUUUACUGAUGUUAUGUGAAUGAUCCAACUGAUGUGUGAAUGACCUAAGCCAUGUAAUGAUUAUUUUGAUGAUGUUUUAGUUUUAUACAUGGAAUUUUAUCCCAUUUUAGACACGUGUACAGGUGUGCUAAAAUUAUCAUAUUUUUAAAGAUACAUUAUUUAAUUGCUGAGAUAUUGUUGAUCAUUUUACCAGUUCUCUGAAUUCCUGUCUUACAUUAAUAUCAAAGGCAGUUGAGGAUUAUAUAUAGGAGUAAAUAUUGCUCUCCGAGGAUGUCCGCCAAGGCCGCAGUGGGCAUUUACAUGUAUGUACUUAAACCGAAAAAUAUGCCAAUGAUAUUAAUUAUAUUAUAAAUUAGUAAUAUAAUUAUACCAAACAGACAUAGUGCUCAUCAACAUCUAUUAACAUAUUAUCACAAUCUUUUUUUUCCAAAUACUUGUGAUUACCUGUUGAUAUCUUUUUAUGCGUGUCUCAUGUGCUUGUCAAGUAUAACACACCUUGUCAUUUUAACAAGUUAUUGUUGAACCAAUAAAGGAACCUAACCAUUA